AAACGACUCUUCCAGGCUCCCGGUUCUAGUUGCAGCGAGUCUCGGUGGGUCUCGGGACCCGGGGGACUCCGGUGGCUCUGCAGGAUCGGCGCUGCCCAGUCCGGGCGGGACAUGGCCUUGCGGCUGGGCAGGCUGGGCGCGGGCCCCUGCUGGCGCGCGCUGCGGGGCGAUUAUGGCCAGCUGCGCGCCUGGUCCCCGCGCGGCGCGUCCGCCCGCGUCUCCCGGCUGCCUGGCACCGCUGCUCCCCAGCCUCGCCGCGGGCUGGGCCAUAGCCCCUCGGCUGGAGGCGGGUCCUGGCUGGGGACCGGGCUGGCCGCGGCGCUGGCCGGGUUCGCAGGGCUGGCAGCCGCCGCCUUCGGGCACGUGCAGCGGGCGGAGAUGGUGCCCAAGAGCUCCGGGGCGCGAAGCCCCUCGCCCGGACGGCGGGAGGAGGAUGGUGACGAGCUGGCCCGCCGCUGCAGCGCCUUCAUGACCUCGCCAGUGACAGACCUGCGUGAGCUGCGGAAGAGGCCCGAGGACAUAAAGACCAAGAUGGAGCUGAUGAUCAUGGAGACUCAGGCCCAGGUGUGUCGGGCGCUGGCCCAGGUAGACGGAGUGGCCGACUUCACUGUGGACCGAUGGGAGAGGAAGGAAGGGGGUGGUGGCAUCACCUGUGUGCUUCAGGAUGGGCGUGUGUUUGAAAAGGCUGGGGUAAGCAUUUCUGUCGUUCAUGGGAAUCUCUCUGAGGAAGCGGCCAGCCAGAUGCGAGGCAGAGGAAAAGUCCUGAAGAGGAAAGAUGGUAAAUUGCCAUUUACCGCUAUGGGUGUGAGCUCUGUGAUUCACCCCAAGAAUCCUUAUGCACCCACAAUGCAUUUCAACUACAGAUACUUUGAAGUAGAAGAAGCUGAUGGUAAUACGCACUGGUGGUUUGGGGGUGGAUGUGACCUCACACCAACAUACUUGAACCAAGAGGAUGCUGUCCAUUUUCACCGCACUCUAAAGGAAGCUUGUGACCAGCAUGGGCCAGAUAUCUACCCCAAAUUUAAAAAAUGGUGUGAUGACUACUUCUAUAUAGUGCAUCGUGGAGAGCGUAGGGGCAUUGGAGGCAUCUUUUUCGAUGAUCUCAACUCUCCAUCCAAGGAGGAAGCAUUCAGCUUUGUUAAGACGUGUGCCGAAGCUGUGGUUCCUUCUUAUGUUCCCAUUGUGAAAAAGCACUGUGAUGACUCAUUCACACCCCAGGAUAAGCUGUGGCAGCAGCUGAGGAGGGGACGGUACGUAGAGUUUAAUCUGUUGUAUGACCGCGGCACCAAGUUUGGCCUCUUUACUCCAGGAUCCAGGAUCGAAAGCAUCCUCAUGUCCUUACCUCUAACAGCCCGAUGGGAAUACAUGCACUCGCCACCAGAGAAUUCCAAGGAAGCUGAAAUUCUGGAAGUAUUGCGCCAUCCGAAGGACUGGGUACACUGAUUCAGCAGAGCCUUGUUGCAGGGCCUGGUGGACACAGGCGCGGUCUUCCUGCACUGCUGCCACUGUGUGUGGCAGGCAAUCCUCCUCGGUGCCUUACUGUCCCAGCCUUCUGCACUCUGGGCACCACCUCUGUGGCAGGUGGUUUGGGAUCUUUUCCAGUACUGUGGGGUGAGGUAGCAAUGAUGGAUGGUGAUAUAAAAAUGCCAGAUUCAUUGGAUGUGAUGACCAUUUGUACUUUUAGAAUCAGGUUCUAUGACCCGUUAAUUUAACAUUGGGUUUCCAGGUUGUAAGAUAAGGGAAUGUCAGAACUAUAAUAUGGACCAGGAAACUCUUCCUUUUAUUUGUUGGUUCAGUUUUUACUUGUUGCCACAGGAAUUUAUCAGGGGAUACAUUUUAUCUUCAUUAGUUCAGUCAGGUGGCCCUUCUUGGUAACUUUGGAAUGCAGUUUGAAGCCUUGUCCUCAGGAGGCAAAGGCAGGAGUUCAAGGCCAGCCUGGUCUACAGAGUGAGUUCCAGGACAGCCAGAGCUCUCCACAGGGAAACCCUGUCUUGAAAAGCCAAAAAAAAAAAAAAAAAAAAAUGCAAUUUGAAGGGAUAUGUUUUCCUUUGUCAUUUUUGAAGUAUCUUUGAUGUAACUUGCUUGUGUCUUUCUCUGUCAACUAGAGCAUUAUAAAAGUACUUUUUUUUGGUAUAAAGAUAGGUAUUUUGGAGCACUUGAAAUUUUCUUAAGUCAAUUCCUGCAUUAUAAUUCAAUGAUGACCUACAGUUUACAACUGUAAGUGGCAUUAUUUAAAUAAGGGGAUGUCUAAGGGGUGGUUUUUUUGUUGCUGUUGUUGGUUUUUUUUUUUUUUUGUGCGAAUGAUAAUUUGCUGACAUUAGGAUUCUAUGUAUUUUUUAAAGCAAAAGCUUCUAUCCCUGGAUUCUGAUACUUAGAGUUUUAUAUUUCAGACAUUUAGAUAUGGGAGUUUAGACUAAGAAUAAAUGAAGAACAUUUUCCUCUGUUAAUUAAAAUGAAUAGAACUAGUCUAACAUGUGGGCAUUUUAUAUUUUUUAAAAAAUGGACCAGUUGAAAUUGUCCUACUUUUCAAAUUAGAGAUGAUUCCUCAACUUUUAUCUUUUCUCUUAAAAGUCAUAGCAUAUUUCUUAGUGCAUGGUUUAUCUGUAAAAUAAUAGUAUGACUGUGCUGUCUUACUUGAUUCCUAAUAUAUUGAAUUUGUAAGGAGCAAUGUCUCAUAAAUAUUUAAAUAUUAUCUUGGAAUAUGUUGAAUGUAUGUGAUUGUGUUUGGCUCUUGUAGGGUGAGAAAAUCUAUAGAUUCUUCCACAUGUCUUAUACAGAUCCAGUCAAUAAAUUUUAUUUUGAAAUAAGACAAGUAA